AUGAGCUGCAGUUCAGAGCCAAAAAAAAUGUACUUAGAAUCGCUGGGUCAUGACAUUCUUGUCAACCAUGUGUUUCCGUAUCUCUCGGAAAAAGACAUUAUGACACUUGCCGGCAUGUCCUCUGUAUUGCACAACUAUGCUAAUGACCCUGCAGUGUGGCAUGAUCUCUACUUCAAGACAUUUGGCAUGCAACCAAAUCCAUUUACAGAAUUCAACUGGCCAGAAAUGUACCGGUGGCGUAGGCAUGCUGCGCUGUAUACUUGGGGUGAAGGAAACAAUGGUCGAUUGGGGUACAACAUUUUGGAUGGGUUUAUUCCCCAGGAAGCACUAACACCUGAACGGUUCCCGCGUGGCGUUUCAUUACCACAAAAGGUUCCAGGCCUUGACAAAAUGGUGAUUUCCGAUGUUGUGACAGGUGGGUAUUGGACUGCAAUAUUGACUGCAACAGGGGAUAUUUACGGAAUUGGAGAGUUGGGAUCUAGGCCUUGGGAUCUACCUGAUUAUUCAGGAUCCAAUGAUAAUGACCGAAGUGUAUUUGACAAUUUGAGACAAGGUGGUCCGGUAGGGCCCGUCAUUAGCCGAUUUUUAUGGCCGUUUCGGGUCGGCGGAGUGAUUGACCGUGGAGUAGAUCCUGCACCGGAUUUAGGAGUGGGAAAUAAUAGUGCGCGAAAUUUCCCAUUGACGCCGCACCGCCCACGCAUAGACCGACCGGCACAUUUGUCAAUGCCGCAAACACGAAAUCCUAAUGAAGAGCCAGAUGAUGAAGCCCAGCCAUUUACGAGCAAUAUCGUACUUCCUGGAGAGGAAAAUAUGAGUGCAUUUACGCAAGACCAAGUUAAACAAGAAAAAGGUGACAAUGAUGGAAUUAAUUACCAAGAACGCGUGGGGAUGUCACAACGUAUCAAUUCAAAAUUUUUAGAGACUCUUUCACCAAAAAAAGUUGAAUUUGUUGGACUGGGAGGUGGUGGUCGAACACAUUUGCUCGGGUUAGACAAGGAAUAUAAUGUAUGGGUAUGGGACAAGUUAUUUAAUGCCCCGGGGACCAAGGUUGAACUGGACUUUAACCAAGGUGUUGUGAAGCCAUUGAAGAUUAACAAGCUUGCUGCGGCUUGGAACUGUAAUGCUGCACUUGUUGAUGGGAAGGGGCUUGUUGUUUGGUGGGACGGGUUUGGUCAUUCGCAGCUACUUGCAGAGACGAAAAAACAGGAAAAGGACUGGAAAAGACAGGGCAAGACUGGUGAGGUUGUGCAGACGACAGUUGUACCUCUUACUGACCAAGGACUUGACAGCCCUGACCGGGUGGUUGACUUCCAUGCAGGUGACAAGUUUAUCAUUUAUGCGACUGCGUCGGGCAAGUUGUAUCGGGUACGGACCAAUAAUCGAGAAAGCAUUGUUGGAGAGGGCCGAGAAGAACUCAAGGAGUUUCAAUCAUUAUUGCAAAAGGAGUUUGAAGCUGGAUUGAGUGACAAGGAGCGAGCUGCACUAACCGCAGAGGAUCGGCCUAAGUUUGAUCGUGUGCGCGGGGGGUACAAGUUCGUUGCUGCGCUGAGCAAUAGCGACCAUGUCGUGUAUGCGGACGCGCUUGAGGGUGAUGGAGCCAAGCUCAAAAAGCCAGAGGCGCCGGCCAUAUUACAAAAUGCUGGAUGUAUUUCAGUUGCUGCAGGCGAUCAUCACUUAUUGGCUUUGCUACGGGGGGGGCGGUUAAUGUCCUGGGGAAUGGAGUGUCAAAAAUGUGGAGAUCUUGGGUUGGGAGGAACAGAGGCCAAGAGUCACAUAAGACAAGGUGAAUUUGUGAGGGGUGAUUUUAUUGUUAAAGAGCCCGUAGAAGUGAAGACUCCGGGGAAAGUUGUUGCUAUAGCGGCAGGAGGAUGGCAAUCAAGUGCCAUUAUUACUACUGAUAUAGAUGAAGAGAAUUGA